AUGGUGAUCGAAAAUUCACUACCAUCAGCACUUCGCGAUCCAACAAUCCACAUUACAACUCAUAACGCUGACGGCAAAGCGACACUAUAUUCUGCCGCACCAAGUCAAUGGUCAUGGGUGGAAGAAUUUGGCGUCGGGCUCAACGCAGUCUACACAACCUCGACGAUGCCGGUGUCGAUGAACGACGACAAAGAUCUCAAGUCUCAUGAAGCAAACAUGACAUCCGGGCCCAAUCUAUCCCUCGUGCAGAAAAACGGCACAGUGUGCCGGUUCGUCGAUUAUGCGCCGGAGAGUCCUCCACUCAUGCACCGUACGCAGAGUCUAGACUACGGGGUGGUUAUUAGUGGCGAGAUGGUGAUGGAGCUGGAUGAUGGCAGCACAACAUCGCUGAAGCCUGGCGAUGUUGUCGUGCAACGUGGUACCUAUCACGCUUGGCGUAAUCCAAGUAAGACGACAUGGUCGAGAAUGCUCUUUGUCUUGCAGGAUAGUGAGCCUUUGCUUAUUGGUGGGGAGAGGCUGCGGGAGGAUAUUGGUGAUGCCGUGAAUCAUAUUCCGAAGAGUGGAAAUGAUGAGUAG